UUAUUGUGCUGAGAAGGUGACAAAGAGAGGGCGAAGAAGAUGGACUUUCUGCAACUCGCAUCUCGUCUGAAUCGAGAAACUGUUGUCAAGUCUGUAGCAACAUCUGUUCUCCUGUACGUGAUAUACCGCAUCAUCAAGUUCCUGAUCUGGUAUCGGUGUCUCUACAGCUUCUUCAACAACUGCCAGGGGGUCAAGGACUUCUCCUGGAGGACAGGCAACCUGCAUUUGUUCCCUAAGUUGUUUGAGAAACGUGUUGUAGUGGAGCAGGAAUGGAUGAGGAGAUACCCCAAGUACUACCGGAUCUGGAUGGGUCCCUUCCUCCCAGUCAUCAGGGUCUAUCAUCCAGACACGAUCAGAGCCAUCAUCAAGUCCACGGGUGACCAUUAAAUUACUCAUUUGUCGGGUUUUGAUAUACGUUCCAACGAUAUCUGAAAUGGAUGAUGAGAGUUAAUGUUAC